UGAUUCAUUAAAAUGAACAGUCGCUCCAGAAGUUGAGUCACGCAAACCUCAUAAAACUAAAAGAAGUUAUUCGUGAAGACAACACAUUAUAUUUUGUAUUUGAAUACAUGAAAGAAAACUUAUAUCAAUUGAUAAAAGACAGAGAAAAACCAUUUGGAGAACCUAUUAUUAGGAAUAUUCUGUACCAAAUAUUACAGGGACUCUCUUUUAUGCACAAACACGGCUUUUUUCAUAGAGAUAUAAAGCCUGAGAAUCUGUUAUGUAUGGGUCCGGAGCUGAUCAAGAUUGCAGACUUCGGUUUGGCCCGAGAAAUACGUUCCCGACCUCCGUAUACAGACUAUGUGUCGACGCGUUGGUAUAGAGCGCCCGAAGUAUUGCUUCGGUCAACCAAUUAUAGCUCUCCAAUCGAUAUAUGGGCCGUCGGUUGCAUUAUGGCUGAGUUGUAUACAUUGCAGCCUCUCUUCCCCGGCAGGAGUGAAAUCGAUCAGAUAUUUCGAUGCAGUUCUGUGUUGGGCACUCCCGACAGGCGCGAUUGGGCGGAAGGCUAUCAGUUAGCGAAUGCCAUGAAUUUCCGAUUCCCUCAAUUCAGUCCAAUGCCUUUGGACUCAAUUGUGUCCAACAGUCACGCCGACGGUAUUGUCCUCUUAGAAGAUAUGCUUCGUUGGAAUCCAUCCCGUCGUCCAAAUGCAGUCCAGUCUCUCAAAUACAACUAUUUUAAAGUAAACCAAAAACUG